AUGGAUACCUCUGGCUCUGCACCACCAUUAAGGAUUCAAAAUGACCAUGAAGACAGAGAGCAGAAUCUCAUCUGCCAAGAAGAACCUUCCAGUUCCAGAGGUGGCUGGGGUGCUGCUAUUUUCAUAAUCUUUGUUGAGGUGGCAGAGAGAUUUGCUUACUAUGGUAUGGCUGGUAACCUCAUCACAUACCUCACAAAUGAACUCCAUGAGCCAGUCCCCAUGGCUGCAAAAAAUGUCAAUACUUGGGUUGGAGUGUCAUCUCUCCUCCCAAUACUUGGAGCCUUCAUAGCUGAUGCGUUUCUUGGUAGAUUCAACACCAUCCUUGUCUCCUCCAUCAUUUAUUUACUGGCAAUGGUAUUGCUAACCAUAACAGUUUCGGUAAUUCCUCUGCAUUAUCAGAAGGCAAUGUUCUUUGUAGCACUUUACAUGUUGUCAGUUGGACUAGCUGGGCACAAACCAUGUGUGCAAACCUUUGCAGCAGACCAGUUUCGUGAAGACUCACCGGAGGAGAAAAAGGCGAAGAGCUCAUUCUUCAACUGGUGGUACUUGGGGAUCACAAUUGGUGCCUCUGCUGCCAUUUUAGUAGUCAUAUAUGUGCAGGAUAAUGUUGGAUGGGCGGCAGGGUUUGGCAUAUUGACAGGGGCAAUAGCG